AUGUCAGUGAUACUUAUGCGUUUUAAUAUCCAGACUGCUUCUGUUGCCGUAGAAAAAGAUGAGUCGCCCACUAAGGUGCCAACUCCGGCCUCCGCACCAGAGUCACCGGAUAAAUCCGGUAAUGAGUCGAGCGAGGGGGAUCUGCUCACUCUGUUGAAUAAGGUCUCGCCUACGAAAACAGUUUCACCCAACGGGACAACUCCAUCCACGGAGAGCGCUUCACGUGAUGUUCUUCUUGGCAUUUUGAAUGUUAUGGAUGAGUUUGAAGCGACCAGAAAGACGACAAUGACGAUUUUCGAUGAUGAGGUAUACUUGGCAAUAAUUUUUUUUCUUCGAGCGUAA